CACAUAAAUUUUUCAAGGAAGACCAAUCAGUGUUCACUUUGAAAGAAGAUAAGAACUGUGGGCUUGCCUUUAAUUACGCGGUAUCACCUUCAAUUAAAUUUACUUGUGGAAGAUCAAUCUGUUGACAUAAAAGCUUCAAUCGACUCAAAUUUACUUGUUUUAUCGCACAUCAAACAGCGUGAAUUCUCAAAGAGAAGGUAGUUCAAAUUGCUCUUCUGAAAGUUGUGCCUUUCUAAUGAAAAUGUUGGAUGCCCAUGGUGGCUUAUCUUUGCUUAUCAUGUUAUUCAUCAGUUUCAACAUCGGUUGGUCCAGAGGUUGCUCGGAUGAAGAGAGAAUAGCUAUCCAAGAAAUCUUAAAUUCUAUGGGCUACCAAUCUAUAUCUUCUCUACCAGAAAGCUACACUGAUGAUUGUUGCCAGUGGGAGGGAGUUUUUUGCAGUCUCACAAGUUCCCACGUGGUCAGAAUUUUCUUUGACCCUUUAGGGGAAGGAGAAGGAGUGUUAUGGUAUCCUGAUAUGAAACUUUUUGCUCAAAUCAAAGAACUGCAAGAAUUACAUCUCACAAGAAAUCGCAUUGGUGGACUGCUUAACCCUGAAGCAUUGUGCACACUCAUGAACUUGAAACAUUUGGAUCUCUCAGUUAACUUUAUUGAAGAUGAUAUGCCCUCAUGUUUGGCUAACAUGUCAUCGCUUAGAAUUUUGAAGUUGUCAAAGAACCAGUUCCAGGGUGACCUCACCAUUUUUAGCAACCUAUCAAACAUCGAGGAGAUUGAUGUUUCUUAUAACCUUUUUCAAGGCCUGAUCCCACUUUCCACUUUUGCCAAUCUCUCAAAGCUUAUUUUUCUUGAUCUUUCAUACAACACUCACUUAGAAGUUGAAUCUGAAUCUCCAACUUGGCAUCCUUCUUUCCAAAUACUACAUUUGUUUCUGGCAGGAUGCAAUCUCAACAAUAGAAAUAGCAACCGUGUCCCUCUAUUCCUUUCCACUCAGUACAACUUACAGACUUUAGAUUUAUCUAACAACUUCCUUGAAGGACCCUUUCCUGCUUGGAUGCUCCAUAAUGUUUCUUCUGCAUUGAGGUUGAGGGGCAAUUCAUUUGUUGGUCACUUUCCUGAUGCUUACCAUAAUAGAGAACUGAAGCUCGCUGAGCUGGACGUCUCCUGCAACCUUUUUUAUGGGAAAUUGCCCUCAAACAUAGCCAUCUUUCUUCCGAACCUGUAUGCAUUCAAUGCAUCCUCAUGUGGAUUGACUGGUAUCAUCCCAGCAUCAUUAGGAAAAUUGAAAGCUCUAGAGCGCUUGGACUUGUCUAGUAAUCACUUCGAUGGAUUUAUACCAAGUGGCCUAACCAAAAACUCAGCCCUAUGGUACUUAAAUUUGUCUAACAAUCGCUUAGGUGGUGGGUUGCUUCCAGAAGAUUGCAAUAUGACACAACUGAGAUGGUUGCUACUGCACCAUAAUUCCUUCCUCGGAAAUAUGCCCCAUUGCUUGUCAAACAGUCGAUCUAUGUUGAUGCUGGAUAUCCGACACAACAAUCUGUCAGGAAUGAUUUCAAGUGGAAUGCCAAUUUUCUCAGAAUUAGGUGCACUCCUAUUGAGAGGAAACCAUUUCAGUGGAUACAUUCCAAGACAAUUAUGUCAAAUGCCAAAGUUGCAGUUCUUGGACCUCUCCAACAAUCACUUCUCUGGGAUCAUUCCUUAUUGCCUCAGUAACAAUUUGUUUUGGACAAAGAAGUUACAGGCAAACUCUUGGGUCCCAAUUGAUUUUACCACCAAAGGAUAUGCAUAUUCUUUCCAGGGCAUUCCGCUAACUUUAAUGACAGGCAUUGAUCUAUCAGCUAACCAAUUGGCAGGUGCCAUUCCAUACCAACUGGGCAAAUUACAUGAACUUCAUUCUUUGAACUUAUCCAAUAAUCUUUUGACUGGCCAUAUUCCAAAAUCCUUCGAGAAAAUCACGAGCUUGGAAAGCCUAGAUCUUUCCUACAACAGGUUAACAGGGCAAAUUCCUCAGGAAAUUAGCCACAUGAGUUCUCUUACAACUCUUCGCCUCGCGUUUAAUGAUCUUUCAGGCAGGAUCCCAUUUGAAGGACAACUUUCGACAUUCUCUGAGAGUAGCUACGUUGGCAAUCCGAAGCUGUGUGGAGAUCCGUUAGAGAGAAAAUGCUCAGAGAACACCAAUGAUGUCAACCAAGAUGAUGGAAAUGAAGAAAAAGAAGAAAAGAACUUGGAGGAGGAUCAUAGAGUCAUCGACGAACCUCUCUUCUUCUAUUCAUUUGUGUUCAUGUCUUAUGCUCUUGGAUUUUGGAGUGUCGUUGCCCCUUUAUGCUUCAGCAGGAAUUGGAGGGAAAAAUAUUACACUGCCAUUGAUGGAUGCGUGAAUUAUGUGAGAUGUUCUAAAUAGUUGGACUGACUGUGUUUUAUGCUAUGGCUGGGCUUCUUUUUCAAUCUUAAAACAAGAUACUAUUCUCAUGUGUACUGUCGAAUUCCGUGUAAAAUGAUAAAUGACUACAAGCUAAUUGCUGAACAAUAAAUAUAUGAAUGAAUAAACAAUUCAGUGGUUGUGCUAUAA